AUGGCCCCUCGUUCAUCGCCUUCCUCAGACGCGUCCGUCCGCUCUUCUUGGGGAUCGGGGAUUGUGUCAAAUGGCAUGGUCACCCUUUCCUCCUGCAAUACAGGAUCGGUUCAGAUCGCUCCAAGUGGAGUGGUCGAAUAUAGUGGUCCCUCGGACGUCUCGUCGUUUCGUGGACCUUUGAGUAGGCGGUAUCGCCCGACACCAGGCCGAGCCUCGAUGUUAAAUCCUGAGACACGGUUUGACGCUCGCGCCUGGAGGAAGAAGCCAAUAGAUAGCAGUCACCGACUUGCAACAGGCCUUCGGGUCCCUGGCAUGUUUUACUCGAGGCACCCAUGGAGCUUCGCGGCGUUUUUGCUAGGCAAACUUGGUAGCUAUCACUGUUUCGUCGCACCGUCGUCGGUCGGUGGACCUCUGCAAGCUACAUCGUAUCAUCAAGCAAGGCACGGAAAAGAUUUCACUCAAAAGACCUCUACGCUCCAAGAAGAUUUCGCGAACAUUGCGGAUGACUUGAACAGCAGUUUCAUCAUCGCCACCGGCGAACGCACAGACGUCCGAACAGACUCAAAGCUGAGGCAGAGUACCGAAUACCAUAGUCACUCAGGCUCUCCCAGACAAAGUGGAAAGCUUCACAAGGCGUCACCGCAGAUUCAGUUCGCGACAGGCACGAACCUACCAGGCCAGUACAGCCGGCGACAACGAACGCAGUUGGCCGAAGACAGACUAUCUGGUGCAGACACGAGCAAAAUGUCAAAAUUGUCACUCAAACGUCACCACGCCAAAGAAGCCAUUCUUCAAAACGGUGCCAUUGCGAUGGCCGCUCGCGACAGGCAUGAAACCAUUGGUUCUCACCGUCGGCGACACACGCAGUUUGGCCGAAGAUGGGUAGCUGGUCGACAGAGUACAGAGUUAGGACCCCCGCGUCCAAAGAUGUCCGAGCAUGACGACAGGUUUCCCAGAUUUUCCGGUGCUUCCAGUCGAUGCCAGGCAGCAAUGUCCAUGGCGACGGUCGAAACGGCCUCUGAUAGCCAGGCGCUGCUCAAAGAUGUUCCAAUCGAGCCCCCGCGCUCAACCAAUUUCAAAGUUCUUCGAGGUCACGCCCUCAAGUUCAGAGAUCAAUUCGCCCAAGUUCAGAGGCAGCAAGCUCAAGUUCAGAGGCUAUUUAGUCCAAGCUCGGAGGCAGCACGCCCACGUUCAAAGGCAUCGAGUCCUGCAGGCACUCAAAAUCUUCAAGCUAUCACGCUCAAAUUUCAGGCCAUGAGCCCAAUUCCUUGUGCCAUAUCACUUGGACAAAUUACGAGCAAAUGCUCCAAAUACCUUGUGCACGUCACUCGGCUACUCAAGUUCUCUCUACAGAGGCUUCACCGAGGUCAUACCUCACCAACGUUCUCUGUUUUGAGACGUCACCGAGGCUAG